UUCAAACAUCACAAUUGUGAUGUUAAUUUUGUUCUUUAAAAACCAAUACUAUACAAUUAUUUUGAUUACACGCAAUUAUUACAUCUAAGGCUUUGCUCCUAAAUUGGGAAAGAUAACAUAUUUUGGUUUCUAAAUAUUACAGAAGCUUAGAAAACCUAAAAACAAAAUUCAGAUUGUACUGUUGAGCUGUUGACUGAAAUCAUAGCAAGACUGAUGGCGAAAAACGAAAUACCUGCCCUUGGCCGCCCAUUCCAGUUGGGAAUGCUUUAUGAUCGCCGUUCUGAGAAAUUGGUGAUGGGAAGGACUUUAUGGUCACAUAAACAUUUAAACGAAUCUCUUAGCAUCCAUCCUAAACCAUAUACAAAUAAUGACGUCUUUGUAGAAAAUUCGAUCGAUGACAAAACAAGUGCCCUAAACAUAGAAGCAGGUCUUAAGCUUAGUUUUCUGACAGGGUUGGUGAAUGUAGAAGGUUCUGCUAAAUAUUUGAGCGAUGCAAAGACGUCCAAGCGAUAUUCCCGUGUGGUGUUACACUAUGAAACAACUACAGAAGUAAAACAGCUGACGAUGGAGCAUCUUGGUAAAGACCAAACUGACUAUCACAAUGUAUUUAAUACAGUUGAUGCUACUGAUGUUGUGGUUGGUAUAGUCUACGGUGCGAAGGCUUUCUUUGUGUUUGAAAAUGAAGUGUCAGAGGAUGAAUCCGUAAAGGAAGUGAGUGGAAAAAUGAAGGUUUUAGUACAAUCUCUACCAGGAGUAGGGAUUGGUGGUCAUGGCAUGGUUGAUAUCACUAAAGAAGAAAAGAAAUACAAAGAGAGUAUGAGAUGCAAGAUGUAUGGAGACUUUCGACUGAACAAGAGUCCAACUAACUUCGAGGAAGCUAUUAAAGUCUACAAAGAAUUACCGUCGCUCAUUGGCGAAAAAGGAGAGAAUGCAGUCCCGAUUCAAGUAUACUUAUACCCACUGAGUAAGAUUGAUAAAGGUUUUAAGAAAAUAGCAAGUGGAAUAAGCGCAAAUUUGAUAACUCAAACGUCUGAAUUACUUAAAAAUUUUAUAUUCCUAAAAGAAGAAUGUAAUGAUCUUCUUCAUAACAAUAUCUGUUGUAGCUUUCCACAAUUAAAGAAGCAGAUUAAUAAAUUUCUUGGAAAUGUUGAGCACUACAGAUCCACUUUUGAAGAAGAAUUGCUGUCACUUCUUCCCAAGGUAAGAGGAGACAGCAAAAAAAUGCAAGAACUUGCUUCGCUUAUAAAAGAAAAAGAAGAAUCUCCUUUCUCUUGUCAAUCCUUAAAAGCGUGGUUGGAAGAUAGAAAGAAUGAAGUAAAACGAUUUCAAAAUAUAUUAGAUAUGUUUGAGGAAACCUCUUAUGGCAGUCUGGAAAAUAUCAACGAUCUAUUGAUUGAUCCCACAGUUAAAUACAUCGUUUCCUUUACUCUCAAGACUUCUUGGGUAGAAGAUCACCAACUACGUAGCAUGGAUGCUUACCAAAGUAAAAACUAUACUUUAAUGGAAAAUGACAAUGUUAAGAUAGGCCAGAUUUGUGUGCCAAAGAAAAUCCGUGAUGCUAUACAAAUCUUUAAAAAUUUAAAGUCGUUUAAUGAAAAAAAUGAUGAUAUCAAAUUUCUUGUUAUAGAAGAAUCUUUACAUUUGCGUGGCCAUGGUAAAAGUGGUGCUUUUGUUUCUCUGUAUGUAAAUGGUGAGCUUGUAAACAAUAAUUUGAGCUCUGGUUCAAAGCCGAAAAACCUGGAAGUCCUAGAAACAAGCCAGAACUCCUUAAACAUUACUUGGGAUGAGGAAAAAACAAACAUAGAGUUUGCAAAAAGUUACAAAAUCUUCUAUACCGAUGACAAAAACUUAGAUACGUGGCCACACAUCGAACAAGAAUGGAAUGGUACGAACAAACCAACAGUUGUUCUUUCAAAUCUUGAACCAGCAACCACCUAUCACAUAAAAGUUUGUGCUCUUAAUAAAAUUCCGAUCAGUGAGUGCAGUGAAGUUUUAUCAGUGACAACUUCCUUACAUCGACUUGAAUACGACAGAAUACUUCGCUUCUGUAAACUCCUAAAGCCUUCAGAAAACAGAGCACCUGCAGUAUAUGGUCUUCCUUUGAGUCUUGUUUCCCAAGAUCAAGAUCAAAUGAUUCGCAAGUUCGAAGUGAAUCUCAACAAUGAAGAAAGUCUUUCAAACAAUGCGAGCAAGCCACAUAAAGCUAUUUUAAUGGUUUCCUUUGAGGCUAAUCUUAGAAGAAGAGUUGAUUUUGCAAAUGCCAUGGUUAACUACAUAUUUGGUAUACAAUUUGAGGAAAAUUUCCGUCUUCAACUGAUUUAUAACGAAUCUCAAGACAGGAAAGAUGACGAAGUCUUCGUUUAUACUUUGCAUCACAUGGAAGGAUUUAAGGUUCCUUUUAACAUCACCAUAAUAGACUUUGUGAUCAGGGAAGUUUGCGUCCCAACUUCUGUGAAAACUGUUAUUGAAGAAUUCCAACGUUCAAUGGGGCAUCUUUAUGCGGGAUUCCAUUUUAUUGGAGAUGUCAUUCGGAUGAGGGAUAGCAUUGACAUGAUUCACAAAAUUGAUAUUUUAUCACAAUUUUAUGAAGAAAUUGACACGCAUCCUACAGAUUUUUAUGCGGAAGUAGAGGAUUAUCAAAAAGGGACUAUGUUUUCCAUAUUUAACAAAAGUGUUUUUAUGUUAGAUAGCAAUGAUUCUGUUGGUGAAUGCCCUGAAUUUGACAGCUUUGUCAAUUCAAAUGAACGUAACGAAGGCGAAGGCAUCUCAGAAUUUUCUGAAAAUGAAUUGAAUCGAAAUAUUUCUAUUGAUACGAAAGAAAACACGUUUGACCUUGGGACAGUUGUUGGUCUUAAUCUUAGCAUUAGCGAAAAAAGGCGUUUACUUAAAAUGAAUCCAUGUAAACCAUCCUAG